AUGUCGUGGCUUCGUGCUAAGUUGCCGAAUGAAAAAUCGUCAUCGGCAUCUUUUACAAGGACCUUGAUUUCCUUCCAUAUCUUGUGUUCGACAAAGUCGGGGAUUCCGUUCAAAGAGGCGAGCUUCGGGGCCCAGGGUUGGAAGAAGUCAUAUAUCAGAAGAUCGGGUUUUAUGGAGUUUAGUAUUUCGAUGAAGCUAGGGCUCGAGGCUUGGAAGGCUUUUAAUAGUGCUCUUAUGAGAUUGGAUGGGAGAUUCUUGGUUGUGUGGAGCUCGGAGGGUAGCUCGGGAGUUGGUGGGACGUGGAGCUCGACUAGUUUAAUUGAGCUCGGAGUUUCAGAAUUAGCUCUUAUAGAGUUUAGAUUGAUGAGGUUUAUAAAGAGUGACAAAUACAAAAAUGAGGAGAAGAGCAUGUGA